GGUUAAAAAGAACUAGUUCCAAUUAGAGUGCAGCACGUGCAUGCAAAUUGAGCUUAACCCUAAAUAAAUUAAUGUGAAGCAUGAGUGCCACUAAGAAUAAAGCCAAAGAUUUUGCGGCUUCACUGUUUAAGGACUGUCGCCUGCCUGUGCGCAUGCGUGAGUGCGGCCAGUGGCAGCUGGCGGAGAUCAUGAGCGUGAAGGAGUCGCAGGGCAAGCGACAAUUUUAUGUGCACUAUGUGGACUGCAAUAGACGCCUGGACGAAUGGGUGACUGAGUGCGAGUUGGAUCUAAGCAAGGUGCAGUUUCCCAAGCAGCAGAGCCGCAAGCAAGCCAAGGAGGCUGAGGAGCUUGAAGCAAAGGAUUUGGCGCCGAUGAAGAAUGUGCAGCUGAUUGAGCUGGGACGCUAUCGCAUGCGGCCCUGGUACUUCUCGCCCUAUCCGGAGCAACUUUGCAAGCUGGAGUGCAUUUAUUUGUGUGAAUUUUGCUUGAAAUAUGCCGCCAGUCGCUUUAGCCUGGGCAGACAUUUGUCCAAGUGCACGCUGAAGCAUCCGCCGGGGCAGGAAAUCUAUCGCAAGGACAGCAUUAGCUUCUUUGAAAUCGAUGGACGCAAGAGCAAAGUCUAUGCACGCAAUUUGAGUUUGCUGGCCAAACUGUUUCUGGAUCACAAGAUGCUGGACUUUGAUACGGAUCCGUUUCUAUUCUAUAUAAUGACUGAAUUUGAUGAGCGUGGCUUUCACAUUGUGGGCUACUUUAGCAAGGAGAAAUUCAGCCUGGCGGACUUCAAUCUCGCCUGCCUGCUGACCUUGCCGCCUUAUCAGCGCAAAGGCUACGGCAAGCUGCUCAUCGAGUUCAGCUAUGCGCUGUGCAAAUCCGAGGGCAGAACAGGAACGCCGGAGAAGCCUUUGUCGGAUUUGGGGCUGCUCUCCUAUCGCUCCUAUUGGGCGCAGACUAUACUGGAGCUGAUCAUAAGCGAGAGCAAGAAUCUGAACUAUGGCAGGCCCAGCCUUAACAUAAAUGAUAUAUCCGAACGCACAGCUAUUAAGGAGGAGGAUGUCAUUUAUACGCUAACUAACCUUGACCUGCUGACCUACUACAAAGGUCAGCAUAUCAUUUGCAUUAAUAAGCAAAUAAUUGAGCAGCACUGUGCCAACUUGAAGCAGCGACAGCUUCGCAUUGACUACGCAAGUCUACGCUGGACGCCCAAGGAUUGGAUGAAGUGCCCCAUUUAUGGCAUAAAUAAAUAAAUAUGCCUAUAUAUUUAAAUUUGAAGAGCAACUGCUAUGCAGUUUACGUUGAUUUGAUGUUUGAAGUUUUGUUUUAAUUUUUAUGCAUAUCUCAUAGUUGUAAGUGAAACAAGAAGACUUUUACUUAGUUUUAAGCACUCGAAAUGAAAACAAGUUUGUUUAUGCGUAAAUUUGUUUACAAGUUACAAUAAAUAUGACAGACGCUAUCAAUUGCAUUAAUUGACUGCACGCUUGACAACAACUUGUUUGUCAUUAUACAUUGUAUAAAUACAUACACACAUAUGUAUAACUGCACAUGCUGAUAAGUAUUUGUGAGAGAGACAAAGCGCACUCGAAUUACUUUUAGUUGCUAUGCACUUACAUGUAUAAGCCUAUUGCUUACACACAUAUAUACUUUACACACAUACAUAUGUAUUUAUGUAUGUGCGCUUUAUUCUUUGCUUUGC